UUACUGAAAGCUCACCAUGGCUUUGGAAUAGGAUUUGUCAAACCCAAACCCUGUCAUCAUCAGAUGGAAGUGGAAACUCACAACCUGUUGACAAUACUGUCUGUUGCUGUUGCCGAUUCUGAGGACCAAACUCUCGGAAGCAAAUAGGACUUGUAUAAGCCCAAUAGAUAUAAAUAACAACAGAUCUUACUAGGAAUUUGUAUAUGUCCUGAAAAUAAGCUUAACGGUCGAAACAGAACAAAUCUCUCUGUUUCUUUCUUCUUCUUCCGCUAACUAAAUUUUGUGGUUUUCAGGAUUUUUACUCUUCCUUUUGAUCAAAAACAAGAACAAAGAUUCAAGCUUUCUUAUCUUUUCACACCAAAAAAACCUAGAAAUCUCAAUCUGAUCUGUUGUGUAAUUCAAAAUUUCAUAUUUUGAUCGUUGGUUUUAAAAAAAGUUUCAAUCUUUUUUUUUUUUUUUUCGGGGCGACCGAGAAAGAGAGAGAGAGAGAGAGAGAUGGACUCACCGCCGGUGAUCGGAGAUUCAUUGACGGCGAGGAUGAUUCCGAGACACUCAUCUCUGGAUUCAUUCGGAGCAAUGAAAGUCUCAUUAUUGGUAAAUCUCGCGAGCAUAAGAGUCUCAAAAGAAGAGCUUCGUCAAAGAGUUAUGCUUCCUAAAUAUCUCCGCCUCGCUAUCCUCGAUUGUAUCCUCCGUAAAGACGAUUCCCCCUCACCCGCCGCUUCCUCCUCCUCCGUAGCACCACCGUCAGAGGAUCUCACCCCUGAAGUUCCUCUCAUGGUCUUCGUUAACCCUAAAAGUGGUGGUCGUCAAGGUCCUAUCAUUAAAGAACGUCUCCAGAAUCUUAUCGGCGAAGAACAGGUGUUUGAUUUAACGGAAGUGAAGCCUAACGAGUUUAUUCGAUAUGGAUUGGGUUGCUUAGAGGCAUUUGCUUCUCGAGGAGACGAAUGUGCUAAAGAUAUACGUGAAAAGAUGAGAAUUGUGGUUGCAGGUGGAGAUGGAACCGUUGGUUGGGUUCUAGGUUGUCUUGGUGAACUCAAUUUACAAAACCGGCAACCUGUUCCUCCGGUUUCUAUAAUGCCACUAGGAACCGGAAACGAUCUCUCUAGAAGCUUUGGAUGGGGAGGUUCGUUCCCAUUUGCGUGGAAGUCUGCGAUAAAACGAACGCUUCAUAGGGCAAGUAUUGCUCCCGUAAGCCGUCUAGAUAGUUGGAAUAUUUUGAUUACAAUGCCUUCUGGUGAAAUUGUGGAUCCUCCUUAUUCUUUAAAGUCUACAAAAGAAUGUUACGUUGACCAGAGUUUUGAGAUAGAAGGAGAGAUGCCUCCAUCAACGAAUGGCUAUGAAGGAGUCUUCUAUAAUUACUUUAGUAUAGGUAUGGAUGCUCAAGUGGCUUACGGUUUUCACCAUUUGCGCAAUGAAAAGCCUUACCUUGCGAAUGGCCCUAUCGCCAAUAAGAUUAUAUAUUCGGGAUAUGGUUGCUCUCAGGGUUGGUUCCUCACGCACUGCAUAAACGACCCGGGUUUAAGGGGUCUCAAGAACAUUAUGACAUUGCAUAUAAAAAAGAUGGACUCAUCCGAGUGGGAGAAAGUACCAGUUCCCAAAAGUAUAAGAGCAGUUGUUGCAUUGAAUCUACAUAGCUAUGGAAGUGGAAGAAACCCUUGGGGAAAUCUCAAACAAGAUUAUCUUGAAAAGAGAGGCUUUGUGGAAGCAUCAGCCGAUGAUGGGUUGCUUGAGAUCUUUGGGUUAAAGCAAGGAUGGCAUGCUUCCUUCGUUAUGGUUGAACUCAUCUCUGCCAAACACAUUGCACAGGCGGCUGCGAUACGGCUAGAGAUAAGAGGAGGAGAAUGGAAAGAUGCGUUUAUGCAAAUGGAUGGAGAGCCAUGGAAGCAACCUAUGACCAGAGACUACUCUACCUUUGUUGACAUCAAGAGAGUCCCUCACCAGUCUUUGGUCGUCAAAGGAGAUUGACUAUAUUAACCAUCUUGACCUUGUUACAUUAAAUUGACCUCUUCUUAUUUUAUUACAGUAAAACCUCUAUAAAUUAAUAAGAUUG